GCUUGCAGCUCAGCUCCUUCACCACCACAAAAUCAACACUCCACUGCUAUCAAUCUUCAAGCAUCACAGAGUUCAGGCAGACCCGUCAGCGGCAUCGUCUCCUCCAACGCGGCGAGAAGAACAGAGUUGCAGAGAGAUCAUGAAUGGCAGGUGCGGUGAAAGCGUCGUCGAUGGUGGCGAUGAGCGUGGGCGCCGUGGAGGCGCUCAAGGACCAGGCCGGGCUCUGCCGCUGGAACUACGCGCUCAGGUCCAUCCAUCGUGCAGCCAAGGCCAAAGCCAACGUCCGUGGCGGCAUCUCCCAGGGCGCAAAGCAGCUUCCGGCUUCCGCAGCGGUGGCGGAGAAGCGACGAGCGGAGAAGGCCGAGGAGGGGCUGAGGACCGUGAUGUACCUCAGCUGCUGGGGUGUUUUCUCCUAGCUCCAGGCUCCAGCCUCUGUUAGAAACCUCUAGCAACAACUUGGCUGGUUAAUUCCCUGCCGAUUGUAAAUACGUAUCAUGAUGAUGAUGAUGAUGAUAAUGAUGAAACCUUUCCCCACUUCAAGUUCA